AUGUCAUCGCAACUACCGGAACACAAUGAAGCUAGUUUACCACCUCAAGAAGUCCUUGAUCUUUUCAAAAGAACAUUUGACCAUGAAUUGUAUGGAAAUGAUGGUGAUGAUGAAAACGAUGAGAGCUCCGGUCUAGAGAAAUUACAAGCACAAAUCCAAGAAGUUAAAUCACAUUUAUACGAUAGAGAUUAUAUUGGUGCAUUUGAUAACGAUACAAAGAGAGUAGCGUAUUGUUGUCGAUGGUCGCCUGCAAGAGCUCUAGGUUAUGCAUCAUUAUUCUCUCACUUCGAAUCCAUCACGAAUAUUCUUACAUGUCACGAACAAGAGGAUAAAUCGGUAUUAUGUAUAGGUGGUGGUGCAGGUGCAGAAUUAGUGUCAAUUGCAUCUAUCUUUACCCCAUCUAGACCAUUUAUGUCGAAAUACUCUAAGAAGAGUGAAGAUGGUGGAAAGACAGUAUCAAAUGGGAAAUUGAAUUUACAUCUUGUAGAUAUUGCCGAAUGGGAUCAUGUAACAGAUAGACUAUUGAAGCAAAUCGAGACUCAUUGGCUUUAUAGUAAUGAAUUUGAAUCAUUCAAUGUAAAUUGUGAACUUAAUGAUGUAUUAAAAAUGGACUCCAAGGCAUUACAAUUGAAUAAACUUGAUUUAAUAACGUUAUUGUUCACUACCAAUGAAUUAUUUAAAGAACAAAAAGCUGGAAGCAUAAGGUUUUUACAAAAUUUAAACAAGAAUUGUCAAAAGGGCUGUCUUCUAUUAAUUGUGGAGAGUGCCGGAUCUUACAGUCAUAUUACUAUUGGUACAAAGAAAUUUCCAUUACAAUUUCUCAUUGAUAUGAUCCUAUGUGGGCAAAGAGGCCAGGAAUCUAAAGGUGACUGGGAGAUCGUCGAUCAGGACGACAGUACAUGGUAUAGAUGUGGUACCAAACUAGACUACCCGAUCAAGCUUGAAAACAUGCGUGUAUUCUACAGACUGUACCGUAAAAAGAACUGA